AUGAAAUAUUGGGAUACUAUUGAUGUUAGUUUAUUUAAUUCUUCACUUGGAAAAUUAACAACAGAAUUAUCCUUAUAUAAAGAUGUACUCACUUUAAAAUACCCAUGUGUAUCGUCAAAAUGCACUCCAUAUGUUGUAAAAAUCUCUCCAGGGAGCUACAAGUUUUGGUUGUAUGGUGCAAGUGGAGGGUAUCUAUCAAGUGAUCUUAGCAAAGGGGGUCGUGGAGCAUACACCAGUGGUAUUCUUUCGAGUGCUUCGGACCUAACUCUAUAUAUUUAUUUAGGUGAGCAAGGAAAAAUUAAUGCCUCAAAUGGGUAUAAUGGUGGAGGAAAUGGUACGAUACAUUUAGAAGAUAGUAAUACUCAAGGCGGUUCUGGUGGCGGUGCGAGCGAUAUUAGACUCAUACCAGGAAGCUGGGAUGAUUUUGACUCAUUGAAAUCCCGUAUAAUGGUAUCGGGUGGAGGCGCAGGUUCUCAAUUUUAUAAUCAAUUAAUAAAAGGCGGAAAUAGCGGAUUAAAUGGAAGUGAUGGAACCCAAUAUGGAAUAGAAUGUUCAGAUCCUAGUAUAGUUCUCACAAAUGCUCUUGGUGGAAAGCAAACAUCAGGGGGACAAGGGGGAAUUUCAUAUGAAUUUAUCGAUAUGAAUGGUCAAAACGGCGGUUUUGGAUUUGGUGGAAAUGCAUGCAAUGCUAAGUAUGGAUCGGGUGGGGGAAGCGGAUAUUAUGGCGGUGGAGGAGCAAGUGAAAAAGGAUGCACUGUAGGAAGUGGUGCUGGCGGUUCAUCAUUUGUUUCUGGUCAUCCAGAAUGCGAUGCAAUAACUAAAGAAUACUCAAAAGAAAAUCCUAUUCAUUCUCACCAACCAAUCCAUCAUUCUGGAUUUAAAUUUCAAAGGCCAUUAAUAGUUAAUGGAGAAUCAGUUCUCUACUUUGGUCAUGGAAAAUGUGAAAUUGAAUAUUUAGGGCCAUUUCACACUUGCAUAUUUACAUUCACUGCAAAUAAUUAUUUUAUAUCUUUUCUAUUAAAAUCAUUUUUAAUUUUUAUCUAUGAUUAG